AUGGAAUCCUCCCCCUUCAAUGCACUUGGCCACAGGACAGACCAAAUUAUUCAAGAAAGAUUACGUUUUUAUCGAGGUUGUGCAAAAGUGGAAUUGCGCCACUUAGCAUUUGAAAGUAACGGUGUGUUGGGCUCUCGGCCAUUAGAUAGGAGCAACAUGGAAAGAUUAGUCAAUAUUUUCAACAUCGAAGGGUGUUCUCAUUUCGAACCAGAGCACCGCGUGGCUGUGAUCAUCACUCUGCCUCCUGAGGCGUUGACCCAACUGAGAGAGGAAUCUUCAAGUGCGCGGAAUUUCAAAGAUGGUGAAAUAUAUCGGAUCUACCGGCAGUAUGAGCUUCUUAACGAUACCGCACAAGCAAGAAAGUGGUGGGCAAAGUUUGAAUCCGAUGAUCGAAGGAAGGACUUUCGACGACUGCUCAGUAACAGCCUCCUUCGCGAGGGAUUUGACCGGUUGCUGCCCUACAUUGGUAUCUGGAACCCAUUAAAGUCGACCCAAGUUGAACGAAUUUUGGGAAUGCGAUGCCAUGAGAUUUGGUCGACUCUCUUCUCUAAGGAAAAGGCGUCCUACGUCGAUCCCACUUCUAUACGGCUCUUGGAGGGCCUUAUGCCACAGUAUUCAUGCAGCGACGGACACGAAUUAUGGAGCUCAUGGAAUCUGGACGGCUCUUUGCUCUCGUUCCCGGGGGAGAAGAAAGGAAAGCGCUUUUGGAUCGAUUGCUUGUGA